UUGGCAGCAUGUCGAAAGUGUUCAUAGUGGCCCUCGUCCUGGUGUGCGGAUUUCUGCAGGCUGGCUACUGCCAGGAUAAUAAGACCUCAACGCCGACGGACUACUGUCAGAAUACCUUGUGCCACAUUCACAAAAGGCAUAUUGCCUGCAACAACAAAGGCACUCUCAAUAAGCAGUGUCCUGCGGGUGCCCAUGUGGUAAACCUCUCUAGCCUGCACGAUCUGAUCCUGAAUGAGCAUAAUGCCUAUCGCAAUGUACUUGCUGCUGGCAAAAUUAAGCACUUGCCCCAACCGCAACGCAUGGCCACACUGCAGUGGCAUGACGAAUUGGAGCACAUGGCCACACUGAACGUGAAGCAAUGUGCCCUGCAAUACGAUUCCUGUCACAACACCCCGGAAUUCCGUAACUCUGGCCAGAAUCUGGCUCUGAUCAAUGUGACUCAGCUCGAUGAACACAUCGACAAUCACACGGAUGAGAGUCUUAUUAAGAUGGCCAUCGCCGGCUGGUGGAAUCAGAGUGUCAAUGUCACGGGCACGGAUGUUAACCGCUUUCCCAAGGGAAAACUAGAAGAAUCCGCUCGCAACUUUGCUGUCAUGGCCCGGGAUAACAACACCUUUGUGGGCUGCGCCGCCUUAAGAUUCGAUAAGUCCCCGGGACAUCCUCACUUCCUGUUGGCCUGUAACUAUGCCAGCGAUUAUAUCUGCGAUUGGCCCCUCUACAAGGAGAAGUCCUUUGGCUGCAAGUCGGGCUUCGACCUCAAGUAUCCGUUCCUGUGCAAGGCGGGCGAGCUGUACCAGCCGCCAAAGCCAGUUGUGGAGGAGGAGACCACGGUGAAAAACACCUUCUGGAUCUAGGAGGGAGGAGUGAGGAGCUAAAAAUACCCUAUACCCCUUAGUCGAAGGGUUGGGUGUGCGAGUGUAGAGGUGGUUGUGCACUCACAGUCUAUUUAACAUGUUGAUUUGUGUCACAGUGCGUGGCGGUCAUAUAUCAUCUUCGCAUUAGCAUAGACACCUUGCGAGUUAGAGAUGAUAUUGUUAAAGUGGUGGGAAAAUUAUCAAUAAAUAGCAAACAAUAUUUUUUUUUUUUUAACAAAUAUACUAUCCUAUCCACAGGUAAACUGUAUAUAACUUAAUUAUCACAUAAAGGAACAUUUCAAAAUA